CCGGGAGAGCCAUGGAAUGAUGUUGAUGGAAACCCAAUACAGGCUCAUGGAGGCGGAGUCUUGCUCCAUGAGGGUGUCUACUACUGGUAUGGAGAGGACAAAUCAGGGCCGACAUAUAAGAAGUUCUCUCUCACCGCGGCCCGAGUGGAUGUCAUUGGCGUGAGGUGCUACUCCUCCACAGACCUUGCAAACUGGAGGGAUGAAGGGCUGGUGCUGAAGAGCACCCCAAACCAUCCAGACCUGGCGCCCAACAUGGUGUUGGAGAGGCCAAAGGUGAUCUACAAUGACCGCCUGCGGACAUUUGUCAUGUGGAUGCACAUCGAUGACGCAGAGUACAAAAUGGCGCGCGCGGGCGUUGCCGUGAGCUCGGCGGCCACGGGACCCUUCAAGUUUCUGCGCAGCUUCCGCCCCAACGGGCGGCAGUCGCGCGAUCUCAACCUGUUCAAGGACGAUGACGGAACGGCGUAUGUCAUCUAUUCCAGCGAGGGCAAUAAGGACAUGCACAUCGCCAAGCUGUCACCGGACUACACUGACACUCAGCCGCAGCACCUGAAGAUAUUCAUCGGGCGCAGCCGAGAGGCGCCGGCCGUGUUCAAGCACGGCGGCCUUUACUUCAUGCUGACCUCGGGCUGCACCGGCUGGGAGCCUAACCAGGCCGAGGUCCACUGGGCCAAUGAUAUGUUUGGGCAAUGGAACCUGGUGGGCCAUCCAUGCGUGGGAGGCACGGAGAUGGAUGCGGCCUAUACAUUCCAGUCGCAGGGCAGCUUUGUGCUGCCCGUGCCGGGCCGGCCGGGCAGCUUUAUAUUCAUGGGCGACCAAUGGGACCCUGACAACCUGGCAGAGUCUAGGUGGACUUCAUCUCCUUGUAUGUUUUUGAGCUUCUUGUGCUGUGUUGCUCAUGAGUUUGUCCUGCAGUCCAUGUGCAGGCUUCCAACAAGACUGUAUCAAGUAUUCUCUGUCGCGUUUAAAACCUCAGGGCUGCCAGGGAAGCAUCAUGUCAAAGAACAUGGUUAG